GUAUUGUCACUGUGGCCGUGCAGCUCUCACCUCCUCUAUACUUGAAUGAACUACAAGUGCAAAGUCAUACUACACUGUUUAGUGUAUUAUUGAAAGAGAGAGAGAAACACUGUCCCAGAGGGCAUUUUACGGUUAAUAGUUACAUACAGACAUCACUUAUUUUCAGUCGCCGAUUUUAAGGAGCAAUGGAGUCUCAUGUAAACGCGAAACGGCUUUUUAAUCACGCGCAUACCCUAAAGCUUCACACGGGGAAUUUAGUGAACCGCAGUCGACUUAAGAAGAAAUGUCCGUCUUCGCCUAGUGAGGAGCUUCAAGACUGCAUCCGAGGCACACUGAGCGAGUUCUUUGCUUCAGUGCCGUCAACACUUGACUCGGAGCUUCCUGGUGUUCUGGACUGCACCAUUCCAGAAAGCACAGAGGCCAUCACCCCAGAGGAGAGAGAGGAAUUAAAAGUGUCUGUCAAACUUUUUCUCACCGAGUCAGAUUGCUCAUCUAUCAGAAAUGCUGUGGACAUGGCUUGUCUGUCGUUAGGUGUGUCUCAGCUGGACUCUGUGAUCAUUGCCCCACCUCCAUUCCCUGAGGGUGAGGCUCAGACGCUGACCCACCUGCAACCACUGUGGGAAGAACUGGAGGGUCUCGUGCAUAGCCAGAAAAUCGCUGCAAUUGGCACUUCAGACUUGGACAAAACCCUUCUAGAGCAGCUCUAUAACUGGGCACAGGUGAAGCCGAGCAGUAAUCAGGUGAAUCUGGCCUCCUGCUGUGUGAUGCCUCCAGAUCUCACUGCCUUUGCUAAAGAGUUUGACAUACAGUUGCUAACUCACAAUGACCCCAAAGAGCUAAUCAGUGCAGCAGGCUUCCAGGAAGCAGUGCAGGAGAGCAGUAAGGAGCUGCAGGUGGUUGAUUGGAGGCUGGAGUGGGUCUUGCGUUACUCCAUCAUCGUCAAGAGCAGAGGCAUCAUAAAAUCCAAGGGCUACAUCGUUCAUGCUAAAAAAAGCAGCGACCAUUAACACAUCCUGUUUGAGGGGGUCCUGAAUUUCUACCAAAUUCGUUAGAGAACUGAAUUAAUCGGUGAUGAAUUUGUCACAUGAAAGUGAAUGAGUCAUUUUUUGAAUGGAAAAAAAAUGGAAAUUCACUUGACUCUUGAAUAGUUCACACACACAUAACAACCAAACAGAAUGUUGAUUUAUACAACUUCAACUCUUUGGACUUUUUUCUCUCAUAACUUUGAAUAUUCAGAUGUCUAUCUGUUCUCAUAGACAUAUGUAAGGUGCCUCUUUUUGUCUGUUUCUCUGUUUUUGUCAGCUUGACCUCGUGUUCUUUUUUGCUUGUCCACGGUAUUUAUCCAAAGGGUAAAAAUCAAAUGUAAAACUGUUAAUAGUGGGUGCUGACACUCCAGAAAAAGCAAUAGAAAUGCUUCAAAUACCAAGUUUUUUUUUGUUUUUGUUUUUUUUUUUUUUUUUAGCUAGUUAGGUAUUUAAGUACAUAAAUGCGCAUGAGUUUUAACUAAGAGGACUAUAACACCAAAAAAGCCCUCAUUUUCAGAUUUAUAGAAGAGAUACAGCUGUAUUGCCCUAAUGGUUUUGGUGAAAAACUUUGAACGCAUUUUAUUUAAAAAUGUUUUGACAAGAAUGGGUUUUUACAAACAGUGUGCCACAAAAUUGUAAAUUUUUUACUUUAAAUUUUAAGUUCUGCUUGCGUUUUAAGUUUGUGUAACAUGUUGACUGAUGCUUUGCUUAGAAUGAUCAGUAGAUGCUUUGUUACUUGUCAGUAGAAAAUUCAAUCUCUUUUGCAUCCCUGUGUAAGCUAAAUGCUUUGCUUAUCUAAGAUAAAAGAAAUAUUCAAAUGAGUAACUGUAGUGGGAUGCUGUUAGCAUGUAUGGCACGAACAGCAUUAAUUAGUUGUAAAUAAAACACUGGAAAAUUCCACACUUGAAAGAAACACAAAUUUAGUACCAAUAUCUAGCAAAUUUUCAGAAUAUAUAUAUAUAUAUAUAUACACAUAUAUAUAUAUACAUAUAUAUACACACAUAUAUCUGUGUUAUUUAUACAUCAGAAAGACGAUUCCUGUCGGGUCCAAAUCGAAAAAGAAAGAAUUUUCAUGUACUGUUCAUGUAAUUACUAUUUCCUAAUCCCAUAUUGUGUUAUACAUAUUUAAACUUAAGAAUAGAAAAUGAACCAUGAA